GAAAAGUAUAAUAACUACUCUCUCUCUCUCUCUCUCUCUCUCUCUGUAGCGUCAUCUUCGUCCGGCGACACUUUCAAGCUCCUUUUUUUCAAAAGCAGCUUUCCGCGCAGCCGAAAGCAGAGGAAAUAAUCGCGCCCUCUAGAUUCCCUCCUCCCCGGUCAACCCCACACCUACUUCUUCCCCUCUCGACCGGAGCGGGGUUCCGCUUCGAUCGCGAAUCCCGGGUUUCGAUCGGAGCGGGAAGGGUCGGCCGGCGGUUCCGAUCCGAUCGCGCGAUCGCGAUCCGCCGUUAUGAUAUCCCGGCGGUUCUAGUCCGAUUUUACCGGGGGGGCGGCGGCGGCGGCGGCGGCGGCUUGUUGAGGGUUGCGCUUGGGGACUUGGUACCGGAUUCGAGGUUUUUUUUAACGAUGAUCGAUGUCGAGCUCUAGCCUGGCCGUCGAGAGAUGCCGCUCUAUGUUCGCCGCGAGGCUUCCAAGUUGUGGAGGAAGAUUUGGUCGGAGGUGUCGAUAGAGAUUUCGCUGCUCGCCGAGAACUGGAAGUAUCUCCUCGGCGGACUUGUUUUCCAGUACAUUCAUGGAUUGGCUGCCAGAGGAGUUCACUACUUGCAUCGUCCAGGCCCAAUACUUCAGGACAUUGGUUUUCUUCUUAUUCCUGAACUUGGUCAAGAUAAAGGUCAUAUCAGCGAGGCUUUGUUUACCUGCAUCUUCUGUUCAUUUGCUUUGUGGACUUUUCACCCGUUCAUAUACCAGAACAAAAAAAUUUAUACAGUCCUAAUGUGGUGCAGGGUUCUUGCUUAUUUAGUUGCUUCUCAAGUUCUCCGGAUUGUUACAUUCUAUUCAACUCAGUUACCUGGUCCAAACUACCAUUGCCGUGAGGGUUCAGAACUUGCCACGUUACCACCUCCAAGAAGUGUGCUUGAAGUGGUCUUAAUAAACUUUCCACGAGGGAUUCUCUAUGGCUGUGGUGACUUGAUUUUUUCAUCACACAUGAUCUUUACGUUGGUUUUUGUCAACACAUAUCAGAAGCAUGGCACAAAGAGGUUUAUCAAGCAGUUUGCUUGGUUACUUGCGGUGGUUCAGAGCCUGCUAAUUAUAGCAUCUCGUAAGCAUUAUACAGUGGACAUCAUUGUUGCAUGGUAUACUGUAAAUCUGGUUGUGUUUUGUAUCGACAGGAAAUUGCCAGAAAUGCCUGAUAGAUCAAUGGCAGCUACAUAUUCACCAUCCCUACCAUUGAGUACCAAGGACAAGGAAAGCAAGAGCAGAGGAGAGCAAUACAAUCUCUUAAACGGGGGUAUCGAACAUGGGAAAGCCUGAAAGAUAGUAUAUCAAUAAUGACACGAGCUGAAGAUAGCCGUGUUGCGGAUCCCUAUUAUUUCCCUUCAGUGUAGCUCCGAGAACCGUACAGCAUUGACUAUUCGUAAAUCAGUUAUUGAUGGUCGGACAUUCAUUUGGCAUGGUUCUCUAAUGAUUAUAGAACAAGUCUUUCCACUAUGAA